AUGCCGGGGAUCAUUCGCCCGCGGAAUAAGAAGCUGCAGCACCCCGAAUUGCAUCCGCAAUCUGCGCGAAAUCGUGAGCGUGAGCAUAGCGUUCCAUCCCAGGGCGUUGGGUUUAUAUCCCCGCUCGCACCACUCCCCAGUCCCAGCCUAGUGGCAGCACGAGCUUAUGCCUCACAAUGCCAAAAACCAAUCGGCUGGAAACUUGACGCGUGGUCGCGACAAAAUAGCUUAUUUCAAGCACAGCAAACCCCCAGGAGGCACUCUACCAUGGUGACCCUGGCGAAACACACACCUUUCUUGGACAAGGCAUCUUCAAGUAUAAUCUCCCCUAAUUUGCCAUCGUCGCAGAUGGUUCCAGGGGUUCUACACGCCAAUGAGAAGAUGGUACAUUCUAAAUCUUGCCUCAUUAUUCGAUCAAAAGAAUCAGCAGAUUUCAGCAUCUUCGAUACUAGGCGGCAUUCUGAAACUCCAGCUUCUUCCACUUCAACGCACCGUGUUCCAUUCGAGUAUACCCAUGACCGCUUGCAGACUUGGGGUCACGUUUAUUUUGGAAAUGUUGUCACCGCUGAUGCUUUCGUCAAUGCAGUCAAUCUGAGGCGACCAAGCUUGGGAAUGAUAAAAGAACAGGAUAUGCAUGAGUCCUUCAGAAUAUCGGAUCGGGUGAUAAUACGUGCUAGAGUAUUGCCUAGAGAAAUCGAACGGAAGCCCUUUUGGAUUCAAAGAGAAGUUGACAUUCGAGAACUGCGAGACAACAUACCGAUGCCUCAGUCCAAUCAGGAUCAUUCACGGGGUUCAACAAUCGUAAGGAGGUCUAGCAGGCUUCGACGGUUAUCUUUGCAGCAAACUUCCAUUCCAAAUCGACGCGGGACCGCGGACCAUAUCAGACGCCAGAUCAAUUCCAAUCACGUGGCAGUACCGAUCCAUAUUGAAUAUGCUUUACAUUAUCUCCCAGUUUUGGCCGCUCUGAUGCUAUCAGGGCAUAUUCGUAAAGGUGAUUCCAUUGAUCUUCCUUUACCCAGCCCAGAAGCAUGGGUUGAUACAAUCGCCUAUGUUUAUACCGCGCAAGGGGAAAUCACACUGGCUAUGAAGGAAAACAUUUUAUUUCUAGCUGGUAGGGUAGAAAGCGAAUGCUGA